GCCUACUGUAGGCGCAGACAGCUAGGUGUUCAUCUAGUUUACGGCACAAGCAUUUCAGUUCAAGGAAGACCAGCGAUGUUGUAUUCUGGAUUUCGAAAGGGCUGCGACAGGAAAGAUAUGGAGAUGCGGGAGGCUGCAGCUUUGAGACAGCAGCGGAGAAUGAAGCAGGCGGUGCAAUUCAUCCACAAGGACUCUGCCGACCUCCUACCUCUGGACGGACUAAAGAAACUUGGAACCUCCAAGGAAAUGCAGCCACAUACCAUAAUUCAAAGACGGUUGUUGGAGACCAAUUUGUCCAGGUGCAGGCUCAACAACAGAGGAACAAAACUUACCAAUAAUAGUAUUGUGCUGCAGAACAACAGUUUUAACCACAGCAAACAGGAGGACCUGACCCAGUCAGAGGAGGAGGACCUAAUUUAUGUGUACUGCAAGUAUUGUGGAUGGGAGCUAAAGGUCUUGAUUGACACCGGUUCCCAGCUGAACUUCAUAUCCACAGCUUACAUAGAGAAGCUUGGCUUGAAAGACAAGGUCAACAUUAAAAAAAUAGUGAAGGACUCCCUCCCAUUCCAACGUGACCUGGAAGCUGUGGGACAGAUGGACAAACUCGGCCUCGAGUUCGGACAUGUGAAGGUUGAAUGUGCAGUGACUGUCGUUGAGAAUGACAAAGCCUUCAUCUCCCUUGGCAACAGGACCUUGAAGUCACUAAAGUGUGUAAUUGAUAUGGAAAAGAAAAUUCUCAUUCUGGGCAGAACUGAGAGGGAGCAGGUGCAGUUUGUUGAUGGGGAAAGUGGAUCAAGGGAUGAAAUCUCUCCUGGAGUCUGAGAAUGCUAAUCCCCGCAUCAUACUACACACAUAAUGUAUUGGUAGCUUGCUCACAUCCAGAACAAAUUGUCAACUACCGUUAGCAGUCAGUCCAUGGAAGCUUAAUUACAAAUCGCACAGCCAAGGCCAAAAUGCCACUCCAAUGUCUCGGCAUGUAAUCCUUUCAUUACAGCCGCUGAGGACCAUAGUAUGCCUCAGUACUGCCCUCAUGUCCCAUCACAGAACACAGUCUUGCUUAAUAUGACAUCAGGGCGAAUGUAGUUUCAGCAAAGGUUCUUUAUCAGGUCAGAGCAUUGAGUCUUGUUUCCAUUGAUUCCUCCUGCAUUUUAAUUAAUUAAGUGCUGAGAUGGGAAUUGCUUUUGGGAAACUGCACCUUCAUACUUAGGAAUUUCAUACAUACAAGAAAAUAAAGUACACCUCCUACAUUGCACAAUUUUCAUCUACAUUAUAAGGUAGCCUUACGUUUAAUAACCUAUCCAGAUGUUCCUGAUGAUACAUGAUAAAGCCAUUCCAUAGUCCCCACAUUUGUGCUCAACCCUGUGAGGUGCUGUGGAAAUCAUGUAUUAUAGGAAACAUAAGCUGUGUGUAGAAGAGUGUUGAUGUUAGGAGAGCACUGCUGUGUAGAAAUUUAACCGCUGCAAUGUUUUUGAAACAGGGUUCUUCUGUGAGAUACCAGCUGUACUUUUUGGUAUAGUGCCUGUAUUUUUAUUUUUGUAGAGUGGAUAUUAAUUCUGUUUUAGUAACUUUUAACAAUUUUUGGUCUCACUUAAACAAAGCAGCACUUUGUAUUCAUUGACAAUAAUGUAUAUUGAGUUAUUUGUCAUGUACUUUAACUUAACUGGGAAGUACAGUGUGAUGGAAUUUAAUUAAUAUAACUGCUAAACUACUUCAGCCACUCUUGACCAAAGGCAAAAAUAUAGUACAUUUCUUAGUGAGGUUUUGAUAGAGAAUUGUAUUUUCUUAGGCAUUUGUCAGUGUAAGCAUUGAUCUUUACAUUUUUUAAAUGUAAUUCUGGUUUAUAAAAAACAAGUUGCUGUGGUAGUCUUUUACUUGUGUAUAGCACACAGUACUUGAAAUAAAAUGAAUGUGAAGAUGAA